GUUCUGGCCUUGCCCUAUUUAAACCCCUUGAGACGUCCCAAGCUCAUCACAGUUCACAGCCCCUCCUCUACCCUCCUGAUAACAAAGUCUCCUCUUUCACUUUCUGUUUCAUUUCCUCUAUAAUUCCAAACGCUUUAAUUUUUUUUUUCUCUUUAAUAUAAUCUCCUCUUUUGAAAUGGCUAUUGAUUCUGCUCUCUCAUCUCCGCUGGGUCCGCCAGCAUACGAGAAAGAUGCAAAAGCUUUGCAAUUCAUCGAGGAAAUGACUCGAAAUGCCGGUUCUGUUCAAGAAAGAGUUUUGGCAGAAAUAUUAACCCAAAACUCUCAAACUGAGUAUCUUGGAAGGUUCGAGCUCAAUGGCGCAACCGACCGAGAGACUUUCAAGUCCAAACUUCCUGUGAUCACUUACGAAGACCUUCAGCCUGAAAUCCAGCGUAUUGCUAAUGGUGACCGCUCUCCAAUUUUAUCAGCCCACCCCAUCUCAGAAUUUCUCACCAGCUCCGGGACUUCAGCUGGAGAGAGGAAACUCAUGCCAACAAUUAAAGAAGAGCUAGAUCGCCGUCAGUUGCUCUACAGUUUGCUCAUGCCAGUAAUGAAUCUUUUUGUGCCAGGUUUGGACAAAGGCAGAGGACUAUACUUCUUGUUUGUGAAAUCAGAAACAAGGACCCCAGGUGGUCUCUUGGCUCGCCCUGUGCUUACCAGCUACUACAAGAGUGACCAUUUCAAGACACGACCAUACGACCCUUACAAUGUUUACACCAGCCCCAACGAAGCCAUCCUCUGUCCGGACUCCUUCCAGAGCAUGUACAGCCAGAUGCUCUGCGGUCUCCUGGAACGCCAUCAAGUUCUCCGCGUUGGCGCAGUGUUUGCCUCAGGUCUACUCCGCGCAAUCAGGUUCCUUCAGCUGAACUGGGAACAACUUGCCCAGGAUAUCGAAACAGGUUCCUUGAAUAAAAAAAUCACCGACCCUUCACUAAGGGAAUGCAUGGCUAAGAUCCUGAAAGCCAAUCCUGAGCUUGCUAAGUUUGUCCGCCAAGAAUGUUCACAGGACAGCUGGGAGGGAAUCAUUACAAGAAUUUGGCCGAACACAAAGUACCUUGACGUUAUAGUAACUGGAGCUAUGGCACAGUAUAUCCCAACCCUGGAUUAUUACAGCGGUGGGUUACCUUUAGCAUGCACCAUGUAUGCUUCAUCCGAGUGUUAUUUUGGCUUAAACCUUAACCCCAUGUGCAAACCAUCAGACGUUUCUUAUACCAUCAUGCCAAACAUGGCCUACUUUGAGUUCUUAACCCACGAGCCUAACUCAGCUGGGUUCACUUGUGACUCGCCUCCUAAACUCGUUGACCUUGUGGAUCUGGAAGUUGGGAAAGAAUAUGAGCUUGUGAUCACAACUUAUGCAGGAUUAUGCAGAUACCGAGUCGGUGACAUUCUCCGAGUCACUGGCUUCCACAACUCAGCCCCGCAAUUCCAUUUCGUAAGGAGAAAGAACGUGUUGCUCAGCAUUGAUUCAGACAAAACAGACGAGGCCGAGUUACAGAAGGCGGUUGCAAAUGCUUCCCAACUCUUGCGCGAGUUCAACACCAGUGUCGUCGAAUACACGAGUUACGCGGACUCAAAAACAAUCCCUGGUCACUACGUGAUAUACUGGGAGUUGUUAGUGAAAGACUCGGCUAACUCUCCUAGUGAUGAGGUCCUGAAACAGUGUUGUUUAACAAUGGAGGAGUCCCUAAACUCCGUGUACCGACAAGGCCGAGUUGCGGAUAACUCAAUAGGCCCACUAGAAAUCCGGGUGGUAAAAAGUGGCACAUUUGAGGAGUUAAUGGAUUACGCCAUAUCCAGAGGGGCGUCCAUCAAUCAGUAUAAGGUUCCAAGGUGUGUUAAAUUCACUCCUAUCAUGGAGUUGCUCGAUUCUAGGGUGGUAUCGUCGCAUUUUAGCCCAGCUUUGCCACAUUGGACCCCGGAAAGGAGAAGAUGAUUUACUGAUUUAUUUAGGCACCGACCAGAUUAAGUCAAUGAGAUGGUUAUACUUGUAGCUUCUCUUUGUUGUUCAUUGUUUAAUUUACUUGAGUUUUUCUUUUACUUUUUGUGGUAGCUAGGAUGUUUCAGGGUCAGUUGUAUUUUCAUUCAAAGGAUGUGAGCUGAAGCUGAUGUCUGUCUACUGAAUUGUUUCUUUCAUGUAAUGGAACAGAUAAGGUUUCUUCUGAACAUGCUGCUUUAAUAUCCUUUGUCUUUGUCUUUGUCUUUUGUUUUCAACAUUUGUUUUCUUUGUGAAAUGUAGAGGAAUAAGCUUCAGCAAUUUACAAAAAUGAGAAAACUGUUUUCUACCCCCAACAUGUAGGGAGAGGAAGCUAUAAUUUUAGCAGGAUCAGUAGUUAAAUACCAACAGAUUAUGGUUUAUAUAUGUAAUUUUGGUUGGAAUUUCAUGGUUUUGACAAUUAUUUAUUUUCCAAGUACAAAAUGAUUUCCAGGAUCAUUUGGUGGAGGAAAAUGACACCAGUUUGGAAUUAGACGGUAUUUUGGAAGUCAUGGGUGAAAGAAGGUUGCGAUGCUUAUCACUUCGUGUUCUUAAAAGUAUGGGAUAGUUUGAUAUUUUGUGGAAUGAAAGUGGCUCUCGUAAUUAAUGAUGCAGGCACUUCCGACAUAAACACUUUUGAUAAUUAACUUUGUUUUGGCUUUUCACAGUGAAUUAUCUGGAUUGUCUCCAAGCACCCAUGUUUUGAAAUGAUGUGGAUGUAAAUUCACUGAAUCGGAAAAAAGCAAGUAAAUUCCAACAGACUGGCAAUAAAGGGGAAAGAACCAUUUUCUUUUCUUUGAACACCUUUCUUUCCUUCAAGUAAAUAAUGCAUUUUCGUCUGAUUAGAAAGGAAAUCCUGAAGUUUUCAGCUGAUCAAUCCGUUCAAACUUAUUGUUCCUCAUCAACAUGCUUUCCUCAGUUGAAUAUCACAUCCAAAAAGGAAAGGUCUUAGCAAAUUAAUGAAGUGAUCCAUCUGCUCAGCCCGGAAAGAAUUUUCAAGGCCUACUGCUUCAAAUCUGACUAACACAGUCAGUGAGUUUCAAACUAGUGGCUGAUGACCUGCUUUCCUGUGUAACGAGUUGCUUUAGAGACGCGUUAAGUAAGCUUGCCGGGUGUGGCUUCAGGUCAGAGCAGACCAGAAACAUAAAGAAAACAACCCAUUGUCUGUCCAAACUCCGACGUAUUGCUGACACUGGGGGAACAAAGGCCAAACCUCCCCUUUCGGCAUCCUAUCCUGAAAGGAGCCAAUCAAGCUUGAACCUAAUCCAAAGUACCAUAACUCGCAUUCCUUUGUGUUCUCUUUAAACAUCGCUUGGUCUAUGUAAAAACAACAUUUAUGGACAAUCAGUGCAUGAUUUUUUUACUAUCAGAUUCAUAAUUCUGCUAUUUCAGAGGUCAUUCCGGUUUGGGUUUUUUUCACCUUUUUUUAAGGCUGUGAAGUUGGAUCCUAUUCCAACUCAAGUACUUUCCUCUUGGUUUAUUGGAUAACCAGGAUAUCUGCUCAUCAUCCAAAAUAGGGCACAUGUUAAACAUCUAGCCAGCCACUUAUGAGAAAUCAUUGCAGAAGAAAGUUGAAGUGAUAAAUUCUAAGAAACCACUUCCGGCCUCCACAAAGAAGCUUCAAUGGUGAUGCAGAUAACUCACGGAGUUGUCUGUUCUAGUCUAGAAGUGAUGAGUUGUUAAGGGAAAUGGCCGCAGGAAAGCUCGAUGUAAACGUGCAUUUGAAGGGGGUGGGACAUGGCA